AGUUCCUCCCUCUCGAAAAAAAACAUAUAUCCUGGUGUAGAACCCGAAAUCUACGCUCUAUGGCUCAGCCAUCCCGAUAGAUCUCGAUCCCCCUCGCCCCUCGAGAUCCUCCGACUGCUCGACUCUGGAACUGCUGCGACGGCUCGCCUUGAUCCCGCCGCCGGGCCGUCGUUUUCCAGCUGCUCGACGCAGUUCGGCCCUUUCACCCUAUACCGAAUCCCGAUCGCACCAGACAACGAUUUCUUCGGCAGCCAACAUGCCUGGUGGUGUGUGUGCCGUGCUCGACUACGAGGUCGAGCUCAUGGCCGACUACGUUUCUGAGAUGGCUACGCGCAUUGUCAUGCCCGAACGCCAAGUCAAUCCGGCGUUCCGCAAGUUCGUCUCGCAGAUCUUGACCUCGACCCGACUUCCGAGCACUACGAUUCUCUUGGGCAUGAACUACUUGGCGAAGCGCAUCAACAUCAUGCGCGCUGCUGGGCAGAAUAGCCAUACCGAAGGUCAGGUUUGGCGCAUGCUCACCGUUGCGUUGCUUCUCGGGAGCAAGUUCCUGGACGACAACACGUUCCAAAACAAGUCUUGGUCCGAGGUCAGCGGCAUCCCGGUCCAGGAACUCAACACCCUGGAAUUCGAGUGGCUAGGCGCGAUUCACUGGUGCCUCUAUGUCAACUUGGAGGGGAGCGAGGACUACCAGGCCUGGUUGUCGAACUGGAAGGAGUGGCAAGUUGCCAAGAAGGCACAGCAACAAGCAAGCCGCGACCGCCUGACCCGGCUCGUGUCGCCCGUCGAGCCCGAUAUGUCUCGGUCCCGGACUCAGCACGUCUAUUCGACUUGGCAUCAGCAACAAGUGGCCGAGUACGAGCGCCUGUCGAGCGUGAAGCGCAGCGUCGCGCCCAAUUUGGUUCCCCUUGUGUUCGAGCCGUCGCCGUGGGGAUACCCCCUGGCGUCUUGGCCGCCAGCGGCUCCGCUGACGCCCCCGGAUUCCGGAUACGGCAGCCCCGAGUACGCAAGCUCGACGACCUUGGUCAACUCGAGCUACGCGGAGUGGUUUGACGGGGCACUUCACGGCAACAGCUCGGCAAAGUACUAUCACCAUCCGGUGUCUUACAGCGGCUACCGCCAGGGCGCUCACGCAUCGCGCAAUGUUCCCAGCUACGGCCAUUACUACGGUUACGGCCCCAGCAUCUGGGAGCAUCCGAGUGUGCCUGGCUGCAACUGCGGCAGCUGCGGCGGUCUGCACAACAAGGGUCAUCCGUACUUCGGCAGCCAGAACUACAGCCAGGCCGUUGUUGGCUGAGCAUGCCAUCCUCCCGCCACAUCCCACGGGGUUGAUGAGAUUACGGGCGCGUUUCGGCGUUUCUUCCUAUCGCGUUCAAUUACCGGGCGCGAUUCUGCUUUUCCAUGCAUCAUCCGCGGAAUGCGGUCUUCCUUUGGGAGCAUAUCGGAGAUUCAGAUUCGACAUUGUUGCAUUCAGAUACCCCGAGCGACGGCCCGGAAAAAAGAAUUGGGCACCCACUCACUGUCGGCACCAUAUUGUUGACGACUUUUCUCGACCUCCGAUGCUGCGCCGUUCUCCGUUUCUAUCAUUUCCGGCGCCAAUCCAUUAAUGAGAUGCCCU